AUGGAUUUCAAUUACCUUGUAGCAAAUGACCCAAAACAAGUAAGAAGACUUGAAGAACUCGGAUUCGAUUUGGACUCACUUUUCUUUAUGACCAAAGACCUCUUCUCUAUAUUUGAUGACCUAGAACUCCCUGCUAGAGAAAUCGAAGAAUUCUGCACAAGGCUCAAAAAUGUAUAUGAUGUCUAUGAAGGCAAGCCUUUCCCUACAAAUAUUGUGCUUUAUGAAAACAGUAGAACUCUUCCUACAAGACUUUGUGUAGAAAAUAAAGAUACAGGAAAAACAGUAUUUUUCAGGCUGGUCCCAGGACAAGGAAAACUAGAAAAAUGCAAUGUUCUCUACAGAUGUGAAGUCUGCCGCAAUGAUGUUCCAAUAAAAAGAUGUGAUACUAAAAGACAUAUAGCUUCAAAACAUAAUAAUUUACUUUAA